AUGAAGGAUCUGGGGAUCAAAAAGGAGGCAAAGUUGGCCAUCUCUGAAAAGGAUUGUAUAACUGUGACGCCUGACGAAGAACAAAACUUGAAUCAUUAUGUACGGGUUUUAGAGAACCUACUACUAAGUGUUCCCACCAGGGAUCAAGGCCGUGAGAAAAAAUCAAAGUCUCCAAGAAAUGAUUAUUCUACAGGAUCGAGGGCAUCAAAGGAGGUAACCACAUCUGCUCCACCUGCAGAAUCUUCAACUGAGAAUGAUGUUUUAAUCAAUCCUGUCAGUGAAGAAUCGACAUCUUCUCCUCCUAGAGGCUUCACACUGGAAAUACAAAGGAAAAAACGGACUCAGAGUACAGCCUUCUGGUCAAUCAAACCAAACAAUGUUUCUGUUGUUUUACAUGCGGAAGAACCUUACAUUGAAAAAGAAGAGCCCGAGCCGGAGCCCGAGCCCGAGCCCGUUACGAAAACUACUGUGGCAACCACGUCAACAACAGAAGUAUUUACAAGUCUGCCUGGCACCACUUUAACCAGAAGCACUGAGAUAGCCAUGUCCACAGAGUCGGAAGAUGUUCCUCAGCUCUCAGGUGAAUAUGACUUAGAAAAGCUCGAAGAACCAACGUAUGAACGACACUCGACCUUGGAUUAUGAUGAAAUCUUGAGAAAAAUCUCGGAUAUGAAACUCCAGGUGCGGCGGGCACCUUUCUUUGACAACAGCAAUCCGGAAUACAGAGAGGACAUCAUAGCCUCCAAAGAGCACCUGAAGCGCAGCCUCGCGCUUGCUGAAGCAGCCGAGCACAAGCUGCAGAAAAUGUACCAGUCCCGCCUGAUCUCAGUGGGCCAAGACAGCAAUGAAGCCAGUGACAUGGAAACUGUUAUUAACAUGCUGUAUAACUCCAGGUUCCUGAGGUUGAUGCUUGGAUGAUUGAUUUAAGACUUUACCUCUUCCUAAAGCAUGC